AGCCCGAGGAAGGAGAAUGGAGCCGCUUGGGAGGCUGAUGCUGCUGGCUGGUGUGGCUGCUCUCCUUCCUGCACAAGUUUGGCCUCAGUCCUCCCUAAGCUAUGAGAAGGCCCUCUCUGCAGGCAUUUAUUUCUACAACCAGGUACAUGGGAGGGACAAUGCAUUCCGGAUAUGGCAAGUCCACUCUCCUCCAUCUGGUCAGCCUUCCCAAGAGCAAACCCAGAAGCUUCUGAGUUUUACCUUGAAGGAAACCGUGUGCCCAAUGAUUGAGGAGCUCCCCCUGGACCAGUGUGAUUUUAAAACAGAUGGGCUGGUGAAAGAAUGUCAAGGCUCGGUAUCCAAUGAACAGGACAUGGCUGUCAUAAUCCUCAACUGCGAACCAGUGGCCCCAGAGCCCCUUCGCUUCAAAAGAAAACGUUGCCUACUGACAAGGAAAUGCAACCCUUUUGGAAUCAUUCGACGCAUAACCUUCAGUCUACCAAAGGGCAAGUGA